AUGUUGGAUCGAUUUGAGGGCUCAGCGAAUUUGAGGCAGAUUAGGCAAACCUAUCGGAUACGAAACGUUGGGACGAAUCCGCAUGAGUACUCUGCUUGUUUCUUUGCUAAUCCGCAUGAGCACUCUAUCUCUACUUGUUUCUUUGCUGAAUAUCAUGAUGUUGACUCAUUUCUUGUUGUCAAAUUUAUAAGUAUCAACGUAUUCUCGAUUUUUUCGCCUCAUCAUGUAAGUAACUGUCAACCUUUCCCAUACGUUGAAGCUGUCCCUAUCGUGUAAGUAGGAGCUGUCAACCUUUCCCACAGGUUGAAGCUGUUCCAGGACUUGGCUCUUAGCAAUGCGGCAAUCAAGGACUUAGUUAGACACAUCAAGGAGGAGCAAACCAAGUCCGGUGCCCUUGUCCUUCGAAACCAAACGAGGAUAACGACACGUCCGCACCUCAUCGACGCUGUGCUGGAACAACGAAGUACCAUGACCGCAGAGGAACUGUUUUUGGGGAAGGUAGUCUUUAUCCAUUUUUCAGGCGAUGUCGAGGUCAGGAAUUUGUACUAAGAGUUAUAUAUUUAUAGUUUCUCAACAUCAAACAAAUCGAAACCAGCACAAGCGUUCCACUGGAAUUUCUUAUUUUACAAUUAAUGAAACUUCCUCAACAGCUUCGCGCACUAGUGUCCGUUCAUACUGCAGUGCAUGUCCAAGAAAUCGAGUCUGUUUGGGAUGCUUUUUUUGUGCCUGCAGGCUACGAAAGUUUCGCGGAAUCGUUGGAGGAGGUAACCUAGAGAAUUCACUUUCACAUCACUGGAAAUUCAUUCCUCUGGAAUUUCAUUCCUUUUUCUCUGGUAACGAUUGAUACCUCUCUACAUCGCCUGACGCUAGACACAUUCAUUCAUUCAUACUUAGGGUGUGGAUGUAGCUCCUUGUCCCCUUCCACUAUUUCAGGCCAAUCUCGUUGCGGAUUCGGUUUGCUUAGUCGUCGAAAAAGAAUUGAGCCGAGUGAUGACGAUGACGAGGGGGUACUUGGAAGAAAUUCCAGACUCCACUACGUCUUUAGGCUGGGUCAAAGCGAAUGUAGUUAGCUCAUAGUUGUAUGUAAUAAACUUCCUUCUUCUAAAGAAAAACGCUGGUAUUUUGAUUAUCACAUGGAGAUUGGUGAUGCGCCGUUAUUUGAGAAUACUGAUCAUCGUCUCAUCACUCUCUUUAUGAUAAUUCUUUUUUGCUCUAAUCAUCGCCGACAUCGAAGUUGGACGAGAAGGUGUCUGGGAAGUGCCGGCUCCUGUGUUGGUUCAUCAUGCUCCUGUACAACUAGUUUCCCCACCGUCGCACGUGGAUUAUUGGACUACGUCGCCGCCAGCUUUGCACUACAGCAACGAACUUGUAGCCAUGUCGUCGGGAACAGAAGUUGAGGUGGGAGUAGAAAUGGUUUAAAAUAGAGAUGGUUUGAUAUGAUCAUGUGAUCGUUUGAUAUCAUGUUGUCGUGGCUACUCGUUUAGGAGGAGGGACCAGGGACCCUGCAGCUUGUACUUAGUUGAGAUGAAUAUUUAGAGACGACGCGUACCAUGGCGGGGGUCUCUAUCUCGUUCUGGAGGUUGAUUUUUUUUUGUGGUCUCAGACAGUUUCUCAUGGAGGUGAUACUAGGAAGAUUGUUCAUAUGCAGGUACGACCUCUAUCCACAUCACACGGGUCAUUCUUGUUCUUCAAACGUCCCAGUCUUAUAGUUUUCAACAGUAGGUACCUGAUGCUUACGUUUGACUUUUCAUAUUUCAUCAUCUGUGCAUUCUUUCGUAUUACAGUUAGUGUUUGUGUAAAGAACAAAAUGCAAGUGCGCCACGUGGGCACACUGCUUUUGCUGAACAGAUUCGACGUGAACUUGUUUCGUUUCCAUUUUUCCUUGUUCCUCAAUCGAUAUCACCAUCUUGUGAUUUUCGCGUAGGGAGUUGUCAACAAGAACAGUGUUCUAAUCCUUUCAGAUUUUGCUUUCUUUGUUUCGGUUCAGCAACGUUAGUUAAGUAGAUUUUUCAUCAGUUUUUGCUUCAUUUGACUUUGUUUCGAUUCACCCAGAUUCUGGGUACGUGUUUUAAUUUUCGUGUUUUGAUGUCACUGAUUUUUGUGACGAUAGUGAACAAUAGUCGGUGUUUUUUCUUGUUAUGUUUUGCUCUUGACUCAUUCAUACUUUUCUGAUGACAAGAACGAGCAAGUUGCGACUAGUUAUUUCUGAACAACGAUUUAAUAGAUUGCAGUGGGUGUAUUUGAUGUCCUAGAAAAUAGAUUUUGAUCGUGUGGUUGGGUGGGGUUUCUUUUCGCUUUGAUUAUUUUUUACGUCAUACUUCACUCUCAUACGUAAUGACCCCCUGGAUUUAUCAUAGUCCAACUGCAGAAUUAUGCGAUUAGAAUCAAUUGGCUUUGUCUUUGUCAUGGGUAAGUACUCUUUCCUACGUGCGCGUAUAGUGUGUUAUUCCCUUUUUUCGUUCAAGGUGCAAGCACAGUGAAGGUUUCAGUCUGAUCCAUUUUUUUUUUGUUCCCACAAACAAAUCUCAAAAAAAAUGAGACCUCACUAGAAACCCCAGCAGAUGGAAGCUACAACUCUCUCUGGGUUCGUCUAGUCUGGACCGGGGUCCUCUCCUCUUGAUGGUGUACAGCUUUUGUGGUUUUUGCGAGGAU